UUAUGUUGUAGAAGAUUAAGAUUAAUUUAGGUUGUAUGUGAAGUAAAGAGAGCAUGAUUCAAUCUUCGGCGGCUGCGAGGCAAGAACCCACGCGUUUCGGUUCGCAGUCUGAAUUCGCCUCUUGUCUUGAGCGCUUCAAUGCGCGGUGUGGGCGCGAUUCUUUUUGAAAAUGGAAUCUAGUUCGAAUGUACAUUCGAUUUUUGAGUUGUCCGUUGUGUGUUGUGCUAGCGGCCAGUGUGUUGAAGGGUAUCGCUGACUCUGCGCGGCAUCGGAUCCAACGACUCAAACAGUUUCAAUAUCUAAAAUGAUCUUAAUUUUUUUUUCUUAUUUGUUUUUCAAUGACCGAAAGAUAGCUAAAAUAUUUUUUUGCCAAUACUGUUCGAAGUUCCGUUUUAUGUUCGAAGUAUAAAAGUACAAAAUAAAUAACUAAGCAGGGCCAAAUUCGUCUUCAGCGCAGUUUUAAUACACCAGACGGCACGGCCAUUUCAAAGGUCUGAAGCUCAUCACCUUCAGAUUCUCCAACAAAAUGGUCGAAAACGAGGUGGACGCGGCAGUCCUCAACAUCCACGUCCAAGAGUUGCAGACACACAACUCCACCAUAGACACGACGGAGGACCAUUUCACCAUAAACAUCCAACCUAGCAGAGUAACUAAAAAUCACAAUAAUAACAAAGCAGCCGUACCAUACGGCCCAGAAAAUUCAGUGAAGAUGUCCAGAAAAGAACUGAAGAUGGGGAAAUGGUUGAAGUUAGAUGUGACGAGUAUGGUGGCGGAGUUUUUUAGGUUGCCACGGGAACAGGGGUUAGAGAUAGUAGUGAGAGUACAAGACUCGAAGAAUAAGAUGAGCUUGGUUGUACCGCAUCCGAGCGCUGAAUCAAAUAAUGCUUUGAUGCCAUAUAUAGAAGUAAGUCUUAAGGACAAUUCACAUAAGAGGAUAAGGCGAAAUAUCGGCAUGGAUUGCAACGAAAACUCCAAAGAGGCGAGAUGCUGCCGUUACCCCCUAGUAGUUAACUUUGAAGAGUUCGGUUGGGACUGGAUCAUUGCUCCCAAACAGUACGACGCGAACUACUGCAGUGGAGAGUGUCCUUACAGUUUCCUUCAGAAGUACCCUCACACACAUUUAGUGCAUUUAGCAGCGCCGCAAGGAAGUGGAGGUCCUUGCUGUGCUCCGAGACGGAUGUCGAGUAUCUCCAUGCUGUACUUCGAUCAUGAUUUGAACAUCAUCUACGGCACGAUCCCGGGCAUGGUGGUGGAGAGCUGUGGCUGUUCAUAGCGACAGUUGCCUGCCUAGUCUAAGACUCCAAGCGAACAGUCCAGUGAUAGUCCUUUCGUUUGUCUCAAAAUUGUUACUACGUUCAUUAUAAAUAAAUAAUUUGGGAACAACUUAUUAAUUUCGAUUUUGGAUUUUGUUUUAUAAGUUUUUAUUAUAUAAUUUCGUUGGAGUUGUUGGUUUUGGUAGUAUGUUUGUAUACCUACUGAUUCAUAUUAAUUUUCAUUACCCUACCAUUUUAUUGAUAUUAAUUUACUAUCGCUUGGAGUCAUAAGUGUAGUCUAUCCCUUUGUGAUAUUUGGCUGAAGACUGCGAAUCCUUGUGUUGUGUGCGCGUGUGACAUUGUAAAUUUAUUCUACGUUUGUACAUCUUAGUGUAAUGGACGCUCUUACUAUAAGUUCUAAUUUAACAUCAACAUCAUCCAUUUUCGUAUUUAAAUCCUUAUCGAUUUCAGAAAUGCUAGUUUUUGGAUCAUCUUCAAAAUUUUACAUUAUAUUUAGUUUUUAUUUUAAUUUAGCUUUAGUUUUCUAGGGAUUUACAUCAGACGUAAGAUUUGCGUAUGGGUCUUUAAAUUCUAUUAUAACGUUGACUUGAAGAUCACUACGUCAACGUAUUUUCCAAGUAAAUAAUUUAUAAAUUGACUUGCUACUGUUGACUAACUGUAACAUGAUUUAAGUACCUUGAUUUUUUACUGCAAUAUCUUUAUAUUCUUUGUUCAAAUUUGCACUACACUACGUUUAAGGAAGUUGUUUAAAAAUAGAUAUCUUUAUUAUCAGUUUCGACUUUAAUAGUUGUCAGACUAAUUAACCAAAAUAAAAACCUGACUCUAUAUUCUUGACCCAUAUUCAUUAUGAUGAAAUUAUAAAUUAAAAUCAAUAAAAAAAUUACGACGUCUGCCUUGAUAACACGAGUAAUUAAGUCGAGACGAUAAUUCUUUAUCUUUUAUUACCUUUGCAGCAAUGACAUGAGUGUCUUUAAGCAACUUUUUAUCUCGAAAUGUCAUAUAUUCCUCUUACGUUCUAGGUUUAUCUUCGGUAAUAUUAAGCUAGGAACCUUAAUUGAAUUUAACGAACGAUGAUAAGCAUGACAUUCAGAUGCAUGCUCGUUCAAUGUACCUACUUGCAUUUAUACUUUAAGCCACAAAUGGAAUGGCACUUCAAAAAUACCGGAAAAUAGCUGAUUUAUUUAGGAAAUUAUUUGGAUCUGUUUUGGACAUACUUUAAUCUAUAUCAAAUAUAUGACGGUUAAAAUAAACUAAACAGUGCCUCUAAUCUAGUACCUACCUACUUAAAUAAUAUAAGCAUGUAUUUGUCACAGUUUAAUAAUAAAUAUAACUAAGUAUAUAUUUUAAUAUUUCCAAAAUACAAGUUAUCCAUUACUUUGCGAAAUUUUCUUCGUAUGAAACUAUCUUCCUCUUUUGAUUCGUUUAUUAAUGGUGCCUUUCUAUACUUGAAAUUAGUAAAGCUUUUUACUCCCUUGAAGAUGAAUUUGAUAUAUUUAAGUUACUUAUUUAUGAAUUCUUGUGACAUUUUUAAUCUUACUACAAUAUUUCUAAUCAUGUUUUUAAAAUGAUUGUACUUUCUUGUCUAAAAUUUUAUAGCGGGUGGUGCUUAAUCAUCUAGGUGUUUAUUACAAUUAUCAAAUUAUAUAUCAGUACCUACCCUUAAAUUGUAUUAUUUUGGCGUGAUCUAAAGUAAGAUUAAGAAAAAAUGAUGAAUGUAGAAUUUUCAAAAAAUAGAUCUCAUUUUAAGGGCAUUUAGUUGCAUUUUGUGCCUUUUAUAGAUCUCCUUACUUUUGGAUGUGGAAAAAUUGUAAUGUUUAAAAAUAUAUAUAGUAAUAAAUAAGGUCAUUUGUAUAAGUUUGGUGUAUCUUGAGUUAAACAGAAUACUAACAUUUUCGUGUUUUAUUAUUAAUUAAAUAAAUUUUGUGACUCAUGUU